UCUGCAUGAUUGAAACAGAAUAUCUGAUUUCACAAUAAGGAAACUAGGAAUGAAUAAAGUGUAUGGGUCGUGGAGGCGAGUUUUCCCUCCUUGUUCAAUAUUUAAUAUGACAAUAAAUCGAGGGAAUAAAAAGCUACCACACGAUGACACGACCGCGGCUUUUUGUCAACAUGACCACGUGACCAUCUCCUAGGUGCCCUCAUUUGCAUAAAGUUGUUUAGACAUGGCGGACGGUGUCGCAGUAUACGGUUGAAAGCAUAUCGAGUUGGUGACAUUACCGGUGAAAAGUGCUGGACAAACAUGGCUGAUACGGGAGGAUACAACUUGGAUCUUGACAACCAGAAACGCAAUGUGUUCGUCACGCAACUCAACGAAAGAGAUGAUGAGGAUGAGAUCACAGCGUUCCCCGUCGUCAAGGAGUCUGGUGACAAACUCAUUGAGACGGGGAUCAACACACUCCAGAAAACUCUGCUACUCAAGAAACAGGUGGAGGUAGAGGCAGUGGACAUGGAGCUGUACGCCAAGCGCCAAGAGUUCAAACACAAAAUGGAGCAGUGUGCCCAGCGUCAGAUAGACAUUCAGAAGCGGCAGCAACAGAUGAAAGAUGAGUUUACCAAUUGUGAGAAAUACAUUAAAGACUAUGAAGCAAAGCGGAGGAGAGCCAUUCAGAAGUAUCAGACAGAGCUGAAACUCAAGGAACAGAAAACCAAGGAGCAUGAAAUGCUAUUACAACAAAUGGAAGAUUUAAAGAAUAGACAAAAGCAUUUCGAGCGAUCUGUGACGAGAUACAAGAAAUUUUCAGAUUUUUUGAUGAGAGUUAUAGACAUAAUGCCAGAAGAUUACAUUCCUACCACUGACGACAAGGUGAAAGGCCUGAUGAUGAGACAUCGGACAUUAAGCGAGUCCAGCAAUGCUCUCAUCGAUAAACUUGAGUCUACUGGUGAUGAGAUGAAAGACCUGAGACAGGAAUUGGACAAAAUAAAGGGAGAGCACUCAAACAUGAAGAUGUCAAUCAACGGCAAAUUGGCUCAACUACAGCACAAACAUGAACAUCAAGAAGAGAGCAACAAGCAAAGUGAGCAACAUUUUGCUGCUAACAAGGGAAAUAUGAGGUCAAAGAGAACAGAGUUUGGAGUGAUCAUGAUGGCUAUAGACAAUAUAGCAGAGAAGUGCCUUAAAGCCCUCGAUCCAACAGUGGAGGGGCUCAAUUUGGAGCAGAAACUCAAAAAGAUUGGGGAUCAUGUGGUGGAGCGGGAAGACGUGGCCCGCAUGGCCACGCCCAGUGACUCAACCACAGUGAAGGAGAGCAGCAGAGGCAACAGUGCAGACCUCCAAAAGUCUAAAGCCAAGAAAAAAGUACAGGUCGUCGUAACUGGUCCUUCUUGAUAGAAUAAAUCCUAGCUUGUUUACUCCUGUUAAAGAUGUGGUGCGAUUCAAGUUGUUUUAUUGGCCAGCCAUGUAUAAAUUACGUAGAAUAUUAUCAGCAAAACAAGGUGUACAUAUCUUAUGGAAGGAGAUGUGGUGAGGGCAUAACCUGUGUAUAUCGACACCUUCCUUAGACUGUAUCAUUGUACCUGCUAAUGCUUGCGGUGUUCACGGCGAAACAAGUACCAUUAAUCAUGAUUCACGGCAAAACAAGUACCAUUAAUUAUGUUUCAUGGCGAAACAAGUACCAUUAACCAUGAUUGAAAUUGAAUACAUACAGCGAUACAUGUAUUGUAAUGGAUAAUACAGCGAUACAUGUAUUGUAAUGGAUUAUACCAUGAUACAUGUAUUGUAAUGGAUAAUACCAUGAUACACGUAUUGUAAUGGAUUAUACAAUGAUACACGUAUUGUAAAGGAUUAUACAAUGAUACACGUAUUGUAAUGGAUUAUACCAUGAUACAUGUAUUGUAAUGGAUUAUACCAUGAUACAUGUAUUGUAAAGGAUUAUACAGUGAUAGAUGUUUUGUAAUGGAUUAUACCAUGAUACAUGUAUUGUAAUAUGGAUUAACAACUGCAUCGGUUUGUGUUUUGCCAAAGUAAAUAUCCACAAAUAGGUAUAUGUAUGCAUCUAAAAAAAUCAAAACAAUUUUAGCUAUGUGAAAUUCAAAAUCUUUUAAGUAGUAAUCCAAAGAUAGAUCAUCUUCAAAAACUGAAAUUGUAGAAGUUGUAAGCAUGUACUUUGUUUAGCCAGACAAUAAAUAUUGAUGUCAUAUAGAGCUAGUUAUAGGUCUCCCUUACAAACGGGAAGGAUAGGGUAAGAUUAAAUUGUGUGUAUAAGUUAUGAUUGUAAUUUACGAGAACGACGAUACGAAAGGUUGAUAUGGAUGCUAUCAGGGUACCACAGCUAGAACUUUUUUUCAGAAAAUAGUUGUGGGGUG